CGUACUGUAGCUGCCAGUAGUGCAGACCAAGUGUUCCACAUAUAUAAAAGAAUUAUAUAUAGAGAUACAAAGGGGCUAAAGGAGUAGUAGUAUACAUACAUCAACACCCCACAUACUCCUAUACACUUCAAAGAUUUGCAGGCUCGCAUCAAGGAUGGAUGACUUCACUUUCCCCACUCUCCAUGCAGGAGUGCAGCUUCUUCCAUCAGCAUUCCCGCACCAGCUCGGCCUUGGUGGCUCCCCUUCGCCGUGGUUCCUCGCCGCUGCUGCCGAGGAGGAGGAAGAGGAGGAGGAGAAGAUGGACAUGCUGUGGGAGGACUUCAACGAGGAGCUCGCGAGCGUGCCGCCGCUGUGCCCGCUGAGCCCUGUGAUCAACAAGGGAGGGCUGGCGAUGAAGGAGGCGGCCGGCUGGCUCGACGACGACGAGAUGAUUGUCCUUGACCUGGAGAAGCACGGCAAGCAUAUGCACCCUCAGGACGGCAGGGUGGUCCGGCGCCGGAAGUGGAGCCUGAUGCUGAUGCUCAGGCUCGUCAAGAAGCUGUUAAUGGUCAAGAAGUACAGGAACCCGAGAACUGCACCCAUCUGAUCUCGUCCUCGUCACAUGGGCUUAGGUUGCUACCCACCUCCAAGAAAUCAAUGGCGGAUGAGAUGAGUGAUACAGAACAGAGUAGUAUGUCUACUUGAUGUUUCUCUGUCAUCAGGAUGUUUUUCCUCCUCAAAGUAGUGUUUUCCUGGCUAUCGAUAGUACUACUACUAUCCUAACUACCUGUGAUUUGACUCUGAAUUCGAUACAUUGUUUAUUUGUCAGCGUUUAAAUCGCA